AUGCCUUACCAUUUGCUGGAUGGAAACAAAGAGAUGAUUGUCUUCGAGGACAUUCCUCAGAAUCAGAUCCAAUGUUUCGAAUUGACGAACAAGUUCGACAAACGAAUGAAAUUUUUAUGGGAGUCGAGUGUUUCAAAAAUUUUGAAAGUGAUUCCGAAUUGCGGCGAGCUCGAACCAGGCCAGAAAAAAUCGUUUGAGCUUCACUAUUUUGGUGAAAACUGCACCGACAUGGAGUUUGAAGAAAGUGUUAUAAAGUUAUGGUGGACUCCAGCGAAUACUAGAAAAAGAGCAAUUGAAAACACCGAAAAAGAGAUGGAGAUACUUUUCGCGGUUCAUGUUGCCCCGAAUGCAAUGGAUAUUAAUUAA